AUGUUUCGAUCUCUCCCUCUUCUGAGCGUGGCGCUCGGAGGCCUCUCCACUGUUGGUGCGCAGGAGUUGCCCGCAGUACUGACUGCCGAUAUCAUUGAGAGCAUGGGCAACAACUCCCUCUUCACAAGAUGGCGCCCGACUUACCACUUCUCUGCACCAGCAGGAUGGCUGAAUGAUCCGUGUGGUAUGAUGUACGAUCCUACUACAGAGACUUAUCAUCUUCAUUACCAGUGGCAUCCAAACCACGUCAACUGGGGUAAUAUCUCUUGGGGUCAUGCGACGUCCAAAGAUAUGAUCACUUGGACGGACGUCGGAGGUUGGGAAGACGACAAGGCACAGUCUGUCGGUACCGGACCCUACCCCGACUCCGACAACAGCAGUUACUAUGGUCUUGGUAUCUUUUCUGGCUCAGGACAACCCUACAACCUGAAGGGCGAGCAAGACGGUACUCUCAUCAACUUCUACACUUCAGUUCAACACCUUCCCACAAACUGGGCUUUGCCAUAUAUCCCAGGAACUGAGAGCCAGAGCAUUGUCAUUUCCAAUGACGGUGGUAAGACGUGGGAGCAGUUUGCCGGUAACCCUAUCAUGACUGAGCCGCCGGAGGGUUGGAACAUUACUGGAUGGCGCGAUCCAUUUGUCGAGCCUUGGCCGGAGAUGGAUGCUCUCUUGGGACAAGAGGAGCCUCACUGGUACAUGGUUCUCGGCUCCGGUAUCAAGGGCGAAGGUGGAGGUGGUCGCAUUCCUUUCUACAGUGCCCCUGCCAGCAACUUGACAGACUGGACCUUCCUUGGUGCCUUGUGGGAGCCCGACAGGAACGAGACUCUUGGUUCACUGGUCGAGACUGGAACCUACGGCUUCAACUUUGAAGUAUCAAACUUCUUCUCUCUGAAGGAUGAAGAUGAUGACGUUCACUACUACGUCCUUAUGGGAACAGAGGGAGGUAACCUUACCUGGCACCCCCGUGCACAGUGGGGUUUGUGGAACGAAGGCCAGGUCACUAGGAGGGAGAAUGGCUCAGCCGAGUUCACCCCUCUGUCCGGUGGCGCCAUCGAUUCUGGCCUACUUUACGCAGUAACCAGUUUCUGGGAUUCAAAGAACGACCGUCGCGUCCAGUGGGGUUGGGCAAACGAGGAGAACAACAACUUCGCCAUCAACCAGCAAGGCUUCCAAGGUGCCAUGGCCAUACCACGAGAGAUGUAUGUCAUCAAGACCAAGGAUCUGGUCAACACCGAUGCCGGCCUGACCACCAAGGGAAACACUCGCGUGGUAGAACACAGUGACGGUACUUUCACUGGAUACACCCUGGGAGCUCGAGCUCUACCUGAUGUUGUCGAGGGGCUUCAUGGUGGAGCCGAGCCACAAACCAUUCAGACUGAGAAGACCGCUUGCGUUUCCGGUGACGUUUCUGGCAAUGGUACCAGCCAUAUGCAUCUCCAAGUUACCCUAUCUGACUUCACUGGACCUGCUGGUGUUGUGGUUGCUCAAUCGCCCGGACACGAGGAGCAGACAAUCGUUUGGUACAGCCCUGAGAACUAUACCAUCAACGUUGACCGCUCGCAAUCGUCCUCUAUCGAGCAGUUCGCCAACUACACUAUGCUCGGAUACUUCUACCCUUACACGUUCUCCAACGGUACAACCGAGUCUCUGCACAUGGAUAUUUUCAUUGAUGGAUCGCUCGUGGAGGUUCAUGUAAACGACCGCUUCUGGCUGACCACUCGCAUCUACCCGUCUCGUACCGAUAGCACGGGUUUCAGCAUAUGGACUGGUGCCAACUCUACUGUCAAGGCUUCGGACAUGAAGUUCUGGAACAUUGAGACCAACGUCUUCCCUGAAAGGCCAGUGAACUCAAGCAGUGAGCUUGUCUUCGAUACACCCGAGGAGACGAACAACUAUAUUUGGUGGCCUGGAAACUAG